UCUUUCUAGUGAUUGUGUAGUGUGACUAAGGUUAAGUCUCACAGUUUAGAAUGUUCGGGGCGAAAGACAGCAUGCUAGAAAGGCAACUGUUUCUUGAUUUUUAUUUGUAGUAGCUAAGAACAGUACGGAUGACAAGCUCCUAGCUAUAAUGCAGGUAAUCAUGGCUGUACACCUCCCAGGAAGCUGAGGUGAAAGGUUCCCAGCAGAGAAGUGACAUUGUGCACCAUCACCAUCUGCCCCAAUCUUUACCUUCACGUGCGGUGUGACUAUGGCUCGGGGUUUGCGUGCCAUCAUGCUCUUCUUCGCCAUAUACGUCACCGGGGUAGUCCUCUUCUUUCAAUCGCUCUCACGGCUCAGCAGCAGCAGCAGUAGCGUCAACAGCAAGUUGCCCGUCAUUAUCGUUUACAGCGACUCAGAUGAAGAAGCCGCUACCAACAACACUAUUCGAUCAGUGCCAAGCGUAGAAGACACACGCGUGAAACUACAGGGCCUAGAGGAAGGGAUACUGCAGUUAGAGAGGCAGGUGUUCGACAUCAUCUCGACAGUGGAUAUAAUCCAAAAUGGGACAAGCCUUCGCCUGGUCGACGACAUCAUGAGGAUUGACAGAGACAACACCACCGCCGCUGGAGACCGCUUGCAGUCGCAGGACAUGCUGUCGGCCGUGAAGAAGAAAAAGAAGAAAGCGCUAGACUAUAGCAAAAGCACUUUAAUUAGGGUCAUGGACGGCCUGGCUGUCUUCUCCGCCUACCACGACGACCGCCAGGACAAGGUGUGGGUGCGAAUGAUGGUGAUUAUACAUCUCAACUCCACCAACAAAGCGGGACUGCUGUGCCACUUCGAUUACGGAGAAAACAAUGGCGUCUACACAACGGAGGCUGCACAAUAUGAGAUGUGCGAAAAUCACGGUAAGGAAUAUCUCGGCUUCAUCUACUCCUGUUCUGUGCCGUUGGGACGUGACCUUAAUCUAUACGCUGGCGAUACUGUGUCGCACUUAUCUAGCAACGACAGGCACGCUUUGCGGUUCCUGUACAACGUGUGUCGCCACAGUCACUUCCGGUCAAAGCGAUCCAAUCUAAUGCGCCUUCUGCGGCGGUAA